CGUUCGCUGUCUGAGAAGCGAGACAACGGGAAGAUAAUGAUUUGAGGAAUGAAGUCCACUGAAGCACUGUGGAAAUAUCUACUUUAUUGAAGACAAAAGAAAAUGCUACUGUUCUGCCCAACGUGUGGCAACGUGCUGAUUGUGGAGGAGGGUCAGAAAUGUUACCGCUUCGCUUGCAACACAUGUCCUUACGUGCACAACAUCACGAGGAAGGUAACCAACAGAAAGUACCCUAAGCUGAAGGAGGUGGACGAUGUCCUGGGAGGUGCUGCUGCCUGGGAGAAUGUGGAUUCCACAGCAGAAACUUGUCCGAAGUGCGAGCACCCCCGAGCGUACUUUAUGCAGAUUCAGACGCGCUCUGCCGACGAGCCCAUGACCACCUUCUACAAGUGCUGCAAUCAGCAGUGCGGCCAUCGCUGGAGAGACUGAAGCUGUGCGCUGUCCGCUUCCUGGCUCCAUCCCAGAGGGCCACUCAAGGUGACUUGGGGAACUUGUGCACAUGUGGAUUCAGCAGUGUUUGCUCCUGCUACCACCAAAACACUUCAGUGCACCGUGUUAAAAUCCUUCUGUAAGGAUAAGUUUACCCUUAAACGCAAGUGGUGGAUAUAUAAUAUUAAUGCCAACGAACUGUAAAAUUACCACGGAUUGUGUGGCAAAGACCAGAGUUCUGGUAAUGUUGAAAUUGAAAUGCUUUGUGUCUCAUCCUAAGAAGAGAUGAAAUUUCCUUGGGGAAACAUUUUUAUUACUGUGAAAUGGACUUUUUUUUUUCUAAUGCAUGACAUCACAGCUGUCAGAAGUGCUUGCUCUCCUCAGAUGCCAUGCAUUCACUUCCGUAAGGGAUGCAGGCUGUUUCACAAUAGCACCGAGUUGAUUAAAAAGGAAUAUACACAAAAAGAAAAAUGCUACUUUUUAUAUUUUUAUUGUUAAAAGGAUUUUAUACUGAAUGCAACAAGUGGUCUGACUCACAGCAUCAGUAUAGACAUCAUUUACAUGGACUAAGUUGUACAGAAGGUGAACUCUUUCCCUUUUCAUAAUCCUGCAGCACCUCCUCAACUGGCAUGUUAGCUUGCACACUUCUCACACCACCUUCACCCACUUAGCAUUGCAUGUAGAAGGUUUUAGAGGGCAUGAGUUCAAAGCGCACCAGCCUCGAAUUGCAGACACUUGACAGUAAGCUCGCACAUGCACUGGCGGACGAUUGUAGGAACAGACUUUUACAGGAUUCCCAAUGGUCUGCAUUCACCUCAGAUAACUGCGGGACUAGCCUUGCAAGAUUGUGCUGGCUGCUACUUUUAAUUGGCAUCACCCUGAAAAGUCGACCUUUAUCUAGAAAGCACGAUGCACUUUGUAAAAAAUCUGCCUUUUUUUAGGCAUUUGACACACAAUGAAUCAAGUAUUUUACCAGUCUACUAACAGGUAAGAGCCUUCAUGUUUAAAGAUCCACAAGUUUAUAGACUGUUUAGGACUGGUUUCUUUGUGGGAUCUCUAAAGUAGAUGGAUGGUUUUAACAGUUAUCUGAAGAUGCAAAUAAAGGAGAAUCUAACAGCAACCCUAAAUUUAACACUGGUACACAUCAGGUGUAGCACGUGAUCCAAUCGUUUGUCAAGCAGUCGUGCUGACUAAAACUACCACCUUGUCACUUUCAGAUGUUCUCCUUCACAGUGUUGCCUCUCCACCAGUGAAAAUAAAUAUAUGGACUGCUGCUCACUGUGCCACUAUACCUCACUGACACUUGUGUACCUGAUGUAUUACUGAUGUUCUGUGACAUCUGAAAAAAAUGUUGUGUGCCUUUUCUUGGUAAAGAGAUUGCCAAGCGUUGAAUAGUCAGAGGCUGGGAGCAGAAGCUGCCCAUUUCAAGUUAUAAAUUAUAGAUCACCACUUACUCCCUAGUGAUGGUGUUUUAAAGCCACAUCAGUGACUAAAACGACCCUGCCGUUCCUUUCCAUCUCAUUCUCGUAAAGAGCUCUUGACUUUCUCCUCUAUCAAACACCACACAACAUGCAGCUUGGACCCCAUGUGGGGUUUGAUCUUUUUUUUCAUCACUGGCACAGGAUUUUGCACAAAUAACAACCCACCCCACCCCACACUAUUAAGUACCUCCUCUGACCAUUUGUUACUUAACAAGCCAGAACAACAAAAUCAUCUGCAUCUUCACAACCUCUCAUCUAGAUCUGUGGAACGUGACAAUAUUUCAAUCAGCCUAUCAGCAAGAACCGACUUUCAGGAUGUUUGUAAUGCAGAACUCUUAAUAUUUGGGGUUUGAAACUAUCUCUAGUAGGGGUGGGGGCUUUCAAAGCUACAAAGUAGUACUACUCUUAAAAAUAAUAAUUCUAAAUAAAGUGCAGAACAGUCAAGACUACAGCUUAAAUUUAAUAGUAAAGUUUUGAUGUACUUGUACUUCACGUGUGACAUUAGCAUUAAGUUCAAGGUUAAUGCAGAGAACGGACGGGCACAGUCAACAAAGAGAGAGCAUGUCAGAUGGACUCCAGGGUAGGAUGGUAUGUGAGCACAUGCACAUUACAA